AUGAAUACAGUUCGAAAGAUAUUUAUUUUUUUACAUAAUCUNCAACCAGUGAUUGAAGAUAGAAAUAGGUCAGCACCAAAGAGACGCAUCAUGGUCGCAAUGUAUAACUACGAAGCAAGGGAUAGCCAGGACAUAUCAUUCAAAAAAGGGGACCGAAUGGAAAUUCUUGAUGAUUCAGACGGAGACUGGUUAAAUGCUGUGCAUCUAAUUACCAAAGAAAGAGGAUAUAUUCCGGGAAAUUAUGUUGCUGCAGAAUUGAGCGUGGAAAGUGAAGACUGGUUUUUUGAAAAUAUCUCCAGGAAAGAAGCUGAAAAACUACUAAUGUCUGAGGAAAAUAGUCGGGGCACUUUUCUAGUCCGUCCCUCGGAACAUAAUCCCACUGGUUACUCAUUGUCAGUAAAGGAUUGGGAAGAAUAUAGGGGAUUUCAUAUCAAACAUUACAAGAUAAAACCAUUAGAUAAUGGUGGCUAUUACAUCUCAACCAAUAAGACUUUUGAAACGCUUGCCGAAUUAGUAACUGCAUAUACCAAGAAUGCUUAUGGUUUGUGUCAUGUCCUUGCCAAGCCAUGUAAGAAACCACAACCUACAAUGUGGGAUUUAGGAUCCACUUACAGGGACAAAUGGGAAAUUCCUAGAAUGGAAAUUAGUUUGAUAAGACGUCUUGGGAGAGGAAACUUUGGAGAGGUUCAUUAUGGAAAAUGGAAAGACAGUAUUGAAGUGGCUGUGAAAACCCUGAGAGAGGGUACUAUGUCUACUGCGGCAUUUCUUGAAGAAGCUGCUAUAAUGAAAAAAUUUCGCCAUAAAAGAUUAGUAGCUUUGUUUGGAGUAUGCAGUGAAGAGGAACCUAUAUACAUUGUUCAAGAGUACAUGAGCAAAGGCAGUUUAUUAGAUUUUUUGAGGAAUGAUGAAGGAAAACAGCUGGAGUUUGAAGAACUGGUUUACAUAGCUUUCCAGGUAGGAAGUGGAAUGGAGUACUUAGAGUCUAAACAACUCAUUCACAGAGAUCUAGCCGCCAGGAAUGUCUUAAUCGGAGAAAAUAAUAUAGCUAAAAUUUGCGACUUUGGAUUAGCCAGGGUAAUUGAAGAUAAUGAGUACUGUCCAAAACAGGGCUCACGGUUUCCAGUCAAAUGGACAGCUCCUGAAGCAAUUAUUUAUGGAAAAUUCUCUAUAAAAUCCGAUGUGUGGUCGUAUGGUAUACUGCUUAUGGAACUUUUCACGUACGGGCAAGUUCCCUACCCAGGACUUCAUGGAAGGGAAGUUAUAGACUUGAUUGAAAAAGGAUAUAGAAUGCCAAAGCCCACAUCUCAUCACGUACCAGAUGAAAUAUAUCAAACUAUGUUGAGUUGUUGGGAUUCUAAUCCUGAAAAACGACCCACUUUUGAAUUUUUAACGCAUUAUUUCGAAGGUUUUAAUGUGACGUCUGAGGUUCCUUACAGGGAAGUACCCGAUUAAUGAAUUUUUACACAUAAGUGAACUCAGAUUUAAGAAAUAGUAAGUUUGUCACAACUUAUCUUUUUCCCUGAACUGUAUCCUUUCAGAUCUCAUUUACUUUUUUUUAUUCGCUUAACUAAACCCUUUUUUUUAUUAGAGUUGAUUAUAUACUCAUGCUUUUCAAAAUUUUGUGUCAAGAAUUCAGAAUCCAUCAAAAAACCAUCUGGACAGUUAAGUGGAAACAAUUCGUUUUUGUGAUAUUUGUUUUACUAGUCACUCAUGGUAAAGUUACUGACAAUUGUAGUUAGGUCUAUGUUUCAAUUGAAAUCAUUUUUAUAUUGAUUAUUAUAGAUAGCCUCAUGCUUUUUAAAAUAAUAUAUCAAAACAUUUUAUACUCUUAUAUUAUUACACCUCGUACCUUUACUGAUGUAUAUUUUUUAUUUCAACAUAACAAAUUAUUUGUCACUUAGGUUGAUUAGUAUAGUGUUAACUGCCACAAUGGUAGAAUAGUACAGAGUCCUAGAAAUAUGCUCUUGUGGAAUGUAACUAUAUAAUAAUAAUAAUAAUGAAAUAUUUUGUAUGUCAGUAACUUUUUACACAAUAUAUCAUGAAAAUGAUAGUGAAUUGGACGAGGACCAGUAAAUAUUUUUCAAAACAU